GUUUGUGUACUGUAUAGACUUUCUGUCACUUAGCAUUUAUAUUAUUUUAUUUGUAUUUGGUUCGGAAAUACUAAGUAGUAUACACAUAAGAUAAGACGGUUUAAGUGUUUCCAAAUACUUAAGUAGAAUCAUAUAACCUGCUCAUUUUUAGGCUAAGUGGUGCCGACUUUAUAACAGCCAGAGUAUUAUUGUGUAAUGCUGUUUAUAGAAACCCGGGUUACUCAAUUUAUAUCAGUAUUUUAAACGUACUCUGGGCAUUGAAAUUCCAUCAAUGCUCUUUAAAGAUAUCCAUGUUCAGAUAUAGUCUUAAAAGGAUGGGUAAAAUAAAUAAUUCUUUCCUUUGGGGGAUUAUAUUUGCUUCUGCGACGUGGAGUGUUUCUUUGUAUUUGUAUUGGUUGCUGAACAUGAGCGGUGAAACAGUUAUGAUCAAUGGAGAGAAGAAAAUACAUUACCGUUUAGUGAAUACCGAGGAGAAGAACCGAAUAAAAAAUAAUGACAAAUCUAUUGCUGCCCUAGAAGGCAAAGAUUUACUGUAUGACACCCCUGGUGUUAAAAAUCAGUAUUCAGGAAACAUGUGGAAGUACCAAAAAAAUCCAUCUGAAUAUCAGAGAAAAAUGAUGCUGAAGGAAAAAUAUGCCAAACAAAUGGGACUCAAACUGUCAGCCAAGCCAGAUAAAAGUCUAGACAGUCAAUUUGGAUUGAUACGUAAUGCUGAAGACGUUAGAACACGUGACAAGGGGUACAAUUUGCAUGCUUUUAACACGCUUAUAUCACAACGAAUAGGAAAUCACAGGGGUGUACCCGAUACAAGAAAUAAAUUAUGUCGUAUACGGAAGUACAGUAAUAAACUACCAAAAGCAUCCAUAAUUAUAUGUUUCUACAAUGAACACUUUGAAACCCUCAUGCGUUCCGUGCAUUCAAUAUUAGACAGAACAGAUCAGAAACAUUUGAAAGAAAUAAUCUUAGUUGAUGAUUAUAGUGACAUAGAGGGUCUACAUGAUGAUAUACAGAAAGCUGUUCAUGAUCUCAACAACAAAAUGCGAAGGGACGAAGAAAUGCUUGAAACGAAUAACAUAGAUGUCGAGAAUGUUGUAGAUUAUAUAAUUGAUGAUCCUAAUGGCGAGAAGAAGACCACUGACAGGAAUCCUAAACAUGGUUUUACCAUAAGACUUCUACGAACUAGUAGGAGGGAAGGGCUCAUACGCGCGAGGCUGCACGGGGCCGACAAUAGCAUUGGUGACGUCCUGGUGUUCCUGGACUCUCAUAUAGAGGUUAACACAGAGUGGCUCCCGCCGCUGCUAGCGCGGCUGUCCGAAGGGGUGGACGGGACCACCGUGCUGCACUCGACCCGAGCGGUCGCGCCCGUCAUCGACGUCAUCAACGCCGACACCUUCGAGUAUUCGGCCAGCCCGCUGGUGCGAGGAGGCUUCAACUGGGGUCUACAUUUUAAAUGGGACAACUUGCCUAAAGGAACAUUGAAAACUGACGAAGAUUUUGUGCAACCCAUCAAGUCUCCGACCAUGGCUGGCGGAUUGUUUGCGAUAUAUCGGCAGUACUUCAACUACAUCGGCAAAUAUGACUCCGGCAUGAAUGUAUGGGGAGGUGAAAACCUAGAGAUUUCAUUUAGGAUAUGGAUGUGUGGCGGGAGCCUGGAGCUGGUGCCGUGCAGCCGCGUGGGGCACGUGUUCCGCAAGCGGCGCCCGUACGGGCUCGGCGAGAAGGAGGACUACAUGCUGCACAACUCCAUGCGGAUGGCCUACGUGUGGAUGGACGACUACAUUAAGAAAGUGAUACAUCAGAACCCGUCGGCGGCGCACGUUUCCGUGGGUGAUAUUUCCGAGCGCAAGGCGCUGCGGGACCGACUGCAGUGCAAGUCGUUCAAGUGGUACCUCGACAACGUGUACCCCGAGCUGGAGCUGGGCGACGACUCGGCCGCCAAGCGGAGGAUGGCGGCGCUCAACGACCCCGGCAAGAACAAGUUCCAGCCGUGGCAUUCCAGGCAGCGCAAUUACACUGACUCGUUCCAAUUACGUCUGAAAAACACUUCGCUGUGCAUACAAAGCGCUAAGGACAUCAAGAGCAAGGGCAGCGGCUUGAUCCUCGCCAGCUGCAUACGGACGCUUAACCAGAUGUGGUUCGAAACGAGUCGCAAUGAGCUGGUGCUGGGGCGGACUCUGUGCCUGGACGCGACGGGGAACGUGGCGCCCACGCUGGGCAAGUGCCAUGAGCUCGGCGGCGCGCAGGCGUGGAAACACAAGGCUUCGGCAGGUAGUCCAGUUUACAAUGAGGCGGCAGGUAUGUGUCUCGGAGUCGAACGCGCUUACAGAUCGGAGCCUGUCCUCAUGGUCAUAUGUGACAACCAGCCGACGAAUCAAUGGGACUUCAUCAGAUCUUAAAUUGGCUAUGAUCUAUUGAAAAUUAUUAAGUGAAGGGUACACGGAAAGAACAUGGCUUGGCAUUCAUUUCGGAGAAAAAUAUUUUUCUCAAACAUGCAAUGAAAUAUUGAUGUUAUGUUCCUUAUAAUAGGCUGCGAAGUAUGACGUUUCAGGUGCGGCUAGGACAAAAGGUAUUUAAUGGAAUUUCAUACAAAUCUUGCAGGCCUAGGCCGGCAAAGUCCUCUUUUUUAAUUUUCAUUUCACAGAUAUUUGUGACACAGCAUCGUGGCAUUCAUCCAUAAAAAAAAACUAGAGGCAGUAUUGGCUUUAUGGUUCGUAAUGACACUGCCACUACGCCUAUAAAAAAAAAAACAAAAAACAAUGUUUGCUAUAAUUUGCAGUUUUAUUUGUAUAAAAUCAACAUGAACUUAAUAAAUAAUACAUUAUUAACCAAAUUUUAUAAUUUUAAAUUAUAAAUUUAACGACACAAAUAAAAACAUAUAAAUACUUCAUCUAAACGUUAGCGGUAAAAAGGUCUACUCAAACAUGCGUAGUUAUUUUUUUUAAAUUGUUAUGGAGGUAAAGUUGAAAAAUUUUCAAUCUGUUUUAUUGGAUUUAUGGUGCUGGUGCGUUGUUGAUUUUUUUACUUUAAUAUGAGUUCCGACAAAAUAAUGAAAUUAAUUGUAAUCGUAGGUGUUGGAAUUGGCAGCGUAAGCAGAAUUGAUUUUAAAUAACUUGCUGCCUCUGACGCCAAGUUAAAGACGAAGUAUGUAUAUGGUUGCUUAUGGCAAUUUUAUUAUUUGUUAAACUAAGAAAAAUGGCUUACAGUUUAUUAGAAACAGUUUUGUGGCAUAUUUUCAAUGAAUGUAACUACAAAUUCGUCAACACUGUGGAAAUUAUACUUAUUUACUCCAUGCAUAAAGCAACGAUGUAUGUGAAACAUGAUAUCAAUAUGAAAGACUAUGUAAACUUAUGUGACGAAAACGACAGUCAGACGGAUACAAGGCGAAAAAAAUCAAAGAUACAUGAAAAUAUACGGGUAGUAAAAAUACACGACUCGUCUAAAACAUACGCGUGAUAAUGAUAUAGGUACGUGUUGGUUAUAUUUUGGAUGUAGUUUACUUUUAGUUUUUUCUAUAAAUAAAACUUGGGUUUCGU